AUGGACGAAGACUCGGUGGAGCUCGCCUCAAGCUCAGCUCAGCUCAGCGACAGAGGAAGAGCCAACGCAGCGCGCGCCCUCACGAGCAGCCAACACCAGCAAAUCGGCCGCCUCCCUUUCCAAGCCGCCAGCCGACUCCUCUCCUCUCCUCUCCUCUCCUCGGCCGCUCACCCCCACGCGACCCUCCCGCCCGGCACCAUGGCCGACCUGCCCCCCGACCUCUUCGACCAAACGACCAUCAUCUCGCUCCUCGCGACCGUCGCCAUCGUCCUCGCGGCCUACCUCGCCUCCAAGUCCGUCCUCCCGGCGUCAACAUCGGGCACCCUCCGCUUCCUCUUCAUCUGGCACCUCGCCGACGCGCUGUGCCACUUCAUCCUCGAGGGCAGCUUCCUCUACCACUGCUUCUUCUCGUGGGUGGCGCCCGGGGCCGACGCCGACACGGCCCGCCUGUUCCCCACGCCGUCCAACUUCCUCGGCCGCGAGGACCAGAGGAUCUACGGCCCCCAGAGCGGCGGGGACAACCCCUUCGCCCAGCUGUGGAUGGUGUACGCCAGGGCGGACAAGCGAUGGGCCGGGAUAGACCUGGGCGUCGUCAGUCUCGAGCUGCUGACCGUCUUCUUUGACGGCCCUGUCGCCUUGUACAUCUGCUACCUGAUCAGCCGGGGGAGCCCAAGGGCGCACUUUUGGAUGGUUGUCCUCGCCACUGCUGAGCUUUACGGAGGAUUCAUGACCUUUUGCCCCGAGUGGCUCACCGGCAACGUCAACCUCGACGGCAGCAACUUCAUGUACAUGUGGGUGUAUCUCGUCUUCUUCAACUGUCUCUGGGUCGUCAUCCCCCUCUACGCCAUGUGGUACUCGUACUGCCAAAUCUCGAGUGCGUUCAGCGCUCUCGCCGCCAAGAAGAGCAAUUAG